AUGACUGACAGGCGACGACUUAAUGGCCCAGCUGGCACUACCAGUCCUCCGGUUUUUGCACCCUCAAACAGUACAAAAGACCUGCGUCAAACGCGACAAAGGAAACCUAAUGAACUACGCAAGAUCUUCCUCCAGACUGGAGUGAUUCCGUCCGCGACAGGCUCUGCUUACCUGGAACUUGAAUGUCCUCCAAGACCGAAAGCGGCGAUACUGAAUACUUCUUCCACCAUAAAACUGUCAUGCUCAGUUCAUGGGCCGAAGCCCUUACCAAGAACAGCCUCUUUCUCCCCGAACCUGCAGUUGUCUGCGUCAGUGAAGUUUGCUCCUUUCGCGACGCGGGUGCGUCAAGGUUACAUACGGGACUCCACGGAGAGGGACAUUUCGAUGCACCUGGAAACUGCGCUGAAGGGUGUGAUCAUCCCUGACAGAUGGCCAAAAAGUGCAAUUGAUAUUGCCGUGACGGUGCUCGAGGGCGAAGAUGACCAGUGUGACGGGGAUCGCUUUAGUGGUAUCGGGUUGUUCAAUGUGCUGGCUGGCUGUAUAAAUGUCGCCAUGGCAGCACUUGCAGAUGCCAGGGUCGACUGUCUGGAUGUGUUGGCUGCCGGAGUGGGUGCGCUUGUCCCUGGUAAAGAGAAACCACGCAUGCUGCUGGAUCCGGCCUGUACCGAGCAUGAGGAGGUUCAGGCGUCUUGCCUGGUCGGCUACUUGCCAUCCAGAGACGAGGUUGUGGAAGUAUGGUCCAAUGGUUCUGUGCAGACUGUCGGUGGCAAUGGUGGAAUCGGGGUUGGUGAAUUGGUGGAUAGCGCUGUUGCUGCUGCUCGAGGAGCUCAGACGGUGAUCAAAGAGGUCUUGAUCGACGCUAUGGCGAGGACCGAAGUCCAUGGCAAGAAGAUGCCUCACGAUGGAACGAACGAUGUGGAGAUGAUGACAUGA